AUGGCCUCCAGUGUCCCUGUCUCUGGUCUUCCCCGGUCCCUCCCUCCCCUUCCUCCGGGGCGUGGCCCUACCUGCGUCCCCUGUGUCGAGGGGCGGCUGCGGGCUGCCCCUCACUCCUCCCAGUUUCCUCCGACAAAGACCCCGCUGCAGACGCUUCACAUGGACGUGUGGGGCCCGGCCCGCGUCCGUGGACAGGGUCACGAGCACUACUUCCUGCUGGUGGUUGACAACUGCUCGCGUUACACCAGAGUCUUCCCCUUGCGUAGCAAGGGUGAUAUCACUGAGGUGUUGAUCGACUGGAUCCGCCCAGCUCGUCUCCAGCUCAGGCGGAGCUUCGGCUCGGACUUUCCUGUUCUGCGUCUGCACUCUGACAGAGGCGGAGAGUUCUCCUCUGGCCUUUUGCGAGCCUACUAUCGUGCACAAGGCAUCCGCCAGACCUUCACGCUUCCGGAAUCUCCACAGCAAAAUGGGAUUGGUGAGCGCCGCAUUGGCAUGGUCAUGGACGUCGCCCGUACGUCCAUGAUGCAUGCGGCUGCCCCCCAUUUUCUGUGGCCGUUUGCGGUUCGGUACGCGGCGCAUCAGAUCAACCUUCACCCCAGGGUCUCCAUGCCGGAGACCUCCCCAGCUUUGCUGUGGACGGGGAAGGUUGGCGAUGCAUCUGCGUUCCGUGUCUUGGGAUCUCGGGCGUUUGUCCGCGAUUUGUCUGCGGAGAAGCUGUCCCCUCGUGCUGCUCCUUGCGUCUUCCUUAGCUUCCCCCCUGACCCGCCACGGUGGGAGUUCUACCACCCCACCUCUCGCCGUGUUCUGUCCUCCCAGGACGUCACGUUUGACGACUCGUUCCCCAACUACCGCCUCUUCCCCUACCGCACUCCGUCCCUCCCCCCACCACCGCUCUUCCUUGUGUCAGGUCCCCCUUCGGUAGACCCCCUCACCCCUCAGGGUCCUACCCCUUCAGGUGUGUCCCAGGUAGACGUAGUCGAGCCUGUCGAGGUUACUGGUGACUCUGGUGCUGCUGAGGGUGGUGAGCCUGGGGGUGCUGACUCUGGGGGUGCUGAGCGUGUGGGUGCUACGCCUUGGGGUGCUGAGCCUGAGGAUGGUACUACUUGGGGUGCUGAGCCUGGGGGUGCUACGCCUGGGGGUGCUGAGCGUGGGGGUGCUACGCCUGGAGGUGCUGAGCUUGGGGGUGCGGAGCCUGAGGGAGCUGGGCCUUCUCGUGUGGCGUCUGACGGUGCUGGGCCUGGAGGUUCUCCGGGUGCUUCGUCUCGGUGGGAGCCACUCUCUCGACAGGAUCAGCGCGAGUGGUUUGCCCGGCGCUGGAGGCGUUCUGCUGGAGCUGGAGGUUCUUUGGCUGCUGAGGGUGCUGGUGCCGCGGGUCCCAGAGGUGCUCGUACUGGGAGUACUGGAGCUGCUGGGCCUGCGGGUACGACUGGAGGUGGAGGUGCUGAGGGUGUUGGCGCUGAGGCUACUGCUGUCGGUCCUGGAGGUGGUCCUGCUGGGGGUGCUACUUGUGCUGCUGGAGGUAUUGGAGCUGGAGGUGCUGCUGGUGCUGGUGCUGCCGCUGGGGGUACUAGUGCUGUCCCUGCUGUGUCUGGAGUCGCCGCGCGGCCUCGGCCGUACUUCGUUCCGCUCCUUCAGCAGGUUCUUGGUCUCCCGCCUUCUACUGGUCCUCCUCCUCCCUUCGAGUGUCCACAGCCUGUCCCGUCACAGUUACAGUUACAGCCGGCCUCCCCACUACCUGCUCCUUCUCCCUACACUGGUCCUACUGGAGGUCUUGCUGAGCGUCGUGAGCCUGCGUCUCGCCCUGCGUCGCUUGUCCGUCCUGCUCGCACCAGUGGUCGUGGUUCGCGUCAGCGUCCUCCUCCUGUUCCUGGCAUGCACCAGAUGUUUCUACGUCCGUCCACUUCUCCUCUGCGUGCCCCUUUGCCUUCUCCUCCUGAGUCCUCUCUUCCUGCUCUUGCCGCCCCGGAGUCGGACUCUCCUCGUGCUGCCAGUCCUACUGUCACGCGUCUCCUUGCUACUGUCGUCACUGACCCUUCCUUUGAGUCCACAGCUGCGUGUGCUCUUGUUGCUGAGCUCGUCGACUUUGCUGCUCGUUGUCGCCUAGACUACGCUGCUAGUCUUGUUGCUGAGUUUGAGUCAGUCUGUCCUCCGUCCGUCGGGGGAUGCACUUGA